UCUUAGUCUCUUUCCUGACGUGCGCGCAACAAGACCUAAAAUCAAAGCAGAGCAGAGGAGAGCCCGCUUCCCGCGCUUGCUGCUCACUAAAUUAACUAAUUAAUUCUCCCGAUAAGUUUACGUAUUUAAAAUGAUUCACGUGUCAUUAUAAUAAUUAUAAUGUCAAAGCCUUUCCCAGGCCGACAUUGCUGCUCCAUAAAAUCCACAAGGAGAUGCAAGUGUGUAGUAUGUUUCUGCUUCUGUUGCGACGCCAAAUUGCAUUUGCGGCUAGCACGCCGCUCGAUCCCUAGAUCGUCUUCACCUCUCCAUUGACUCAAUUUUCCUAGAGGUGGACAAUCGGUCCACCCACCAGAUAUUUUUCGGAACGCCACAAAGCGUUUUCCAAUGAUGCAAAUCCUAUUUACUCGGAUAUUCAAAGUAAUUUUCGUGCUCUCAACAAUUGUCGCCGUCACAGAUUGUUGUUCGAGCCGGAUCUUACUGCUCCGAGAGCAUACGCUGAAAAUUGUGCAGCAUCAGCACAGCCACAUGCAUGAGCAUGCGCACGAGCUUCAGCAGCAGAUCCAGGACACUGCGGUCGAGUUACUCAAUCGUCUGGAGCUGCAGCGCAAGCAACUGGAGGCCUCGGCUCAGGAGGAGGCAGAGCAGUUGCAUCCCGAAACGGAUAAUACCAAUCCGGAAACGGACAGCCAACAGCAAAAUGUGGACAAUAACCCUGUGGCCGUUGAUCCCACACAGGAUUCAGAUUACGAUAGAUCCAGUACUGCAACCUGGUUGACCAACGAGAGCAGCACAAUAAUCAUUGCCUCCGAGACGGUGACAACAACCGAAACCGUUACACACACAGGAGAACCGCCACCUGACCAGAGCUCGACUAGUACGCCCACACCCAGCACACCCAAACCAGUGGACAAGGAGGCCGAGAUUCUGAUGCUGCCCUGCAGCGAAGCCUACAACACAAGCUUCUGUUUAAACGGUGGCCACUGUUUCCAGCAUCCGAUGGUCAACAAUACGGUCUUCCACUCCUGCAUAUGCGUAAAUGACUACGAUGGAGAAAGGUGCGCUUACAAGAGUUGGAAUGGUGACUACGUCUACACGCCUCCAACAGUUCAUCGAAAGGUCAGGAUGGCGCACAUAGUCUUCUCCUUCCCCGUACUCAUCAUGCUCUCGUCGCUCUACGUGCUCUUCGCAGCCGUCUUCAUGCUUCGCAAUGUGCCAGAUUACCGGCGGAAGCAGCAACAACUACACCUGCAAAAGCAGCGCUUUUUUGUCAGAUGUUAAAGGACCUCCGAGAAAAAAAGGAGAUGUCCUUCUCCUUAAACUUCGAUUUGAUUUGGAAACACUUUUGGUUUCGCCUAUAUUCGCCUGAUUUUUGGAUGGCAAAUUCUUUUUGACCAUAUUUUUCUUUACGUUGCGCAGCGCAAAGUUAACGCUUUAAUUUAUUGAAUACAUUUAGUGUACUUAGUAGGAUUUUCUAUUUAGUUGCAAAAGACGCACAAUUAGUAUUUGCUUUUCUUUAUCAUUUCUUAGUUUCGUAUUUUUUUCGCUUUAGAAGCUUUCGUUGGAGCUUUUGUAGUUUGUUUGUAGUAACAUUUUGUUACGUUAAAUUAACCAUUACGAAAUAUUAAGAAUGUACUUAAAACAUAAUCUUAGCGCUUACUCCAAUUACCAGGACAAGUUGGGUAUUUUUGUAACACUUUGUUACACAACAUGUAUAUUGUAAAGAAAAACUAUUUUUUUGUAGUGUAUUAAAGAAGAGGAAUGGGACUCGACUGAAAAAGAA